AACCUUCCCCACCUCUCAAUAACAUCAAACAUCCGGUGCCGGUACCGCCACCGUCUCACCGGGGGUUCAUCUCUUUGAUACUUGCACAGCUUACAGGUCUUCAUUUUUCAACCAAUUUAUUGCAGGAACAACUCCAAGAUGGUCGAUAACAAGCGGAAACGAGGUCGUAAGGCUAAAUCUGGAGUACCCGAAACCCUAGAUCUUCAAACCUCCAAAGCGACUACCUCUUCUCCUUCUGUUGAUGACGUAGAUCUCAGCCUCAACAAUGAUACCCCCAAAACCAAUCACCAGCACCACCUCCGCCGCCGCCGUAAAACCCCCGUUCACGCCGAAAACCCUGAAAAACCCCUAGUUUCUGCUACCCCCUCUAGGUGUAUAGAGGCUAAUGGAAAUGGAAAUGGAAAUGGUUCGGUACUUGAGAGCGUGGUGAUGGCGAUGGCUAGGGUGAUGCCGGCGAUGGACGCCGUGGUGAAGGUGUUUUGCACACACACCGAGCCCAAUUUCUCUCUGCCAUGGCAGAGGAAGAGGCAGUAUAGUUCUAGUAGCAGUGGGUUUGUGAUUAGUGGGAGGAGGGUUUUGACUAAUGCACACUCGGUGGAGCAUUAUACACAGGUGAAGCUGAAGAAACGUGGCUCCGAUACCAAAUAUGUCGCCACCGUUCUUGCAAUCGGAACGGAAUGUGAUAUCGCUUUGCUUACCGUGGAGGAUAAUGAAUUUUGGUUAGAUGUAUCACCUGUGGAAUUUGGGGAUCUGCCUGCACUUCAAGAUGCAGUUACAGUUGUGGGGUAUCCAAUCGGAGGAGAUACGAUAUCCGUCACUAGUGGAGUUGUUUCACGUAUAGAGAUCUUAUCGUAUGUUCAUGGGUCGACUGAGCUUUUGGGAUUGCAGAUAGAUGCUGCAAUUAACUCUGGGAAUUCUGGUGGGCCGGCUUUCAAUGACAAGGGAAAUUGUGUUGGUAUUGCAUUUCAGUCUCUUAAGCAUGAGGAUGCUGAAAACAUUGGAUACGUCAUACCGACACCUGUUAUAAUGCACUUUAUCCAAGAUUAUGAGAAAAAUGGAUCAUAUACUGGAUUUCCUAUUCUUGGGGUUGAGUGGCAGAAGAUGGAAAACCCUGAUUUGCGGAAGUCGAUGGGGAUGAAGGAUAAUCAAAAAGGUGUUCGUAUUCGAAGAAUUGAUCCCACAUCUCCUGAGCAUAAAGUUCUAAAACCAUCUGAUAUUAUCCUUAGUUUCGAUGGGGUCGAUAUUGCCAACGAUGGAACAGUUCCUUUUAGGCAUGGAGAGCGGAUAGGUUUUAGCUAUCUUGUAUCUCAUAAAUAUACCGGAGAUACGGCUCAAAUCAAAGUCCUUCGUGAAUCUAAGAUCCUCAAAUUUAACAUCAAGUUUGAGACUCACAGAAAGCUAAUUCCUGCACACAACAAGGGUCGACCUCCCUCCUAUUACAUCAUUGCAGGAUUGGUUUUUACAACCGUUUCCGUUCCUUAUCUCCGUUCUGAGUAUGGAAAAGACUAUGGAUAUGAUGCUCCUGUUAAGCUGUUGGAUAAACUCUUGCAUGAAUUGCCCAAGUCACCAGAUGAACAGAUUGUAGUUGUCUCACAGGUUCUUGUGGCGGAUAUCAACAUAGGAUACGAAGAUAUUGUCAACACUCAGGUACUUGCUUUCAAUGGUCACCAAGUGAAGAAUCUGAAGAGCUUGGCGAACAUGGUGGAAACCUGCACCGAUGAGUAUCUGAAAUUCGAAUUGGAUUAUCAGCAGAUAGUUGUACUCCAACUGAAAAGUGCGAGAGCAGCAACUGUGGACAUCCUCUCAACUCAUUGUAUACCUUCUGCCAUGUCUGAUGACCUCAAGACAUGAGAUACUGUUUUUUUGUCCUUGAUAACAUUAAUGGAAGUUGCUGAGAACGGAGAUGGUUGGCGAACUGGAUUAUUAGCUUUUUUGAAGGGCGAGGGGGGGAUAUAUUUAUAUAUAGAAGGAAGUAGGAGGAAAAGAUGCAAGAAUGGUGGUGACUUUGUGGGUUUUAUGAAGCUUCCAUUUUGAUUCUUUAAGCCUCUCAUUUGAAUGAUUUUUCUUCAUGUGAAGAGGGAGGGAGGUUCAUUGUAUUAAAUGUCAGUCUGGUCAUUAUAUGGUUGUUAUUGAUGGAAAUCAUAAACCUUUUACAUUAUAAUUGAAGUCUGAAAAAUAUAUCUAUGUUAUGGGUUUAAAAGCUCAUAAUUGUUAUGGUCUA